AUGUUGCAGUCAGCCUACAGAGAUGACUUCUGCAGUGUGGAGCAGGAAGAGGUGCUGGAGGCCAAGCAUUUACCCCAGAAGAGAGGGAGGGGGUGGAGCUUCACAGACCUGGAAAGCAGCGUGACCGUGGGCCAGUAUGUACUGUGCCGCUGGUCUGAUGGCCUAUACUACCUGGGGAAGAUCCAGAGAGUAAGUCCCCAACACAACAGGACAAUGUUUUAUCAGUCAAAUACUAUAGUAUACUGCCACUCAAUGGUUUGGACUCAUUUUAUUUACAUAGCAAUGAGUACAUUCUUAGAAAAAAAGGUGCUAUCUAGAACCUAAAAGGGUUCUUCGGCUGUCCCCAUAGGAAAACCCUUUGAAUAACCCUUUUUGGUUCCCUGGUAAAACCCUUUUGGUUCCAGGUAGAACCUUUUUGGGUUUCAUGUAGAACCCUUUCCACAGAGGGUUCUACAUGGAACCCAAAAGGGUUCUAUUUGGAAUCCAAAAGGGUUCUCCUAUGGGAACAACCGGAGAACCCCUUUAGAACCCUUUUUUCUAAGAGUGUACUGCCCAAAUACUGCUCUGGAAUAUUCACACAAAUAUGGUGGUUUCUCUGUAGAUUUUAGGCACCACAGCAGUCAUUUGUGUUUUAUGAAAAAUCUAAUGUAACACACUAUUAUUGGAAUAAAACUGUAAUAAACAAUUUGCCUCCCACCUCAUACUAUCUGUUUUCACUUCAUUCAAGGUGAGUACCUCCAAGCAGAGCUGCUUUGUCACUUUUGAAGAUAAUUCAAAAUUCUGGGUUCUCUGGAAAGACAUCCAACAUGGUGAGUGAAGAGAGACUGGAAUAUUCAUGUUGUUGUUGUUGUCUCAGUGUAGAAUAAAAACGUGUGAAUUGGUUUAACUGUCAAACUUACAUUCUCAAUAAAUUUAUGAUCUACACCAGACAGGUUCAACAUCUCAAAAGCUCUCUCUAAAAGCCAUUACAAAUGUGUAGUCCACUUUGAACAGUAUUACAUAACAUCCUAACUGGAAAUCAUUACAGUUUUGUACAGUAGCUCCCUGGACCCUCAUGAAGCUCCUUUAUUCCGGGAAACAUAUUCCUCAACACUUUCAAUUGGCUUCCUAUUACUUAGCCGACACUUGUACUAUACAGUAGGCCACUUAAAUGUAUAUUUAGACACUUCCCUAUUCCCUAAUGGACUUGGCUGUCCUUCAAACUCUUCAACUGUCUAAAUGACACUUUUCUCUGAAAGGGCCAAUUUAUGUCAGUAAUGCCUCGCAGAUUACUCUUAAUUGAAUAUCUUGUAUGUUCUUUUGACAUGCUGACAUCAUGUAGGAUGUAGCUGAAGUAUAAUCAUCAUUGAAUGUACCCAAAUGCUAUUCUUCUCUCCCAAAACAUGCAGCUGGAGUUCCGGGGGAGGAGCCGAAAUGCUCAGUCUGUUCUGAAAUGGUGCUGGUGUCCGACAAUGAGAUCCUGAUAUGUGGAAAAUGUGGAAUAGGUGAGUCACUGUAGAGUCUGACGACCCUUAAAGGAGGAUGUGCCCUUAUAUACAGUCGUGGUCAAAAGUUUUGACAAUGACACAAGUAUUGGUCUUCACAAAGUUUGCUGCUUCAGUGUUUUUAGAUAUUUUUGUCAGACAUUACUAUGGUAUACUGAAGUAUAAUUACAAGCAUUCCAUAAGUGUCAAAGGCUUUUAUUUACAAUUACAUUAAGUUUAUGCGAAGAGUCAAUAUUUGCAGUGUUGACCCUUCUUUUUCAAGACCUCUGCAAUCCGCCCUGGCAUGCUGUCAAUUAACUUCUGGGCCACAUCCUGACUGAUGGCAGCCAAUUCUUGCAUAAUCAAUGCUUGGAAUUUGUCAGAAUUUGUGGGUUUUUGUUUGUCCACCUGCCUCUUGAGGAUUGACCACAAGUUCUCAAUGGGAUUAAGGUCUGGGGAGUUUCCUGGCCAUGGACCCAAAAUGUCGAUGUUUUGUUCCCCGAGCCACUUAGUUAUCACUUUUGCCUUAUGGCAAGGUGCUCCAUCAUGCUGGAAAAGGCAUUGUUCGUCACCAAACUGUUCUUGGAUGGUUGGGAGAAGUUGCUCUCCGAGGAUGUGUUGGUACCAUUCUUUAUUCAUGGCUGUGUUCUUAGGCAAAAUUGUGAGUGAGCCUACUCCCUUGGCUGAGAAGCAACCCCACACAUGAAUGGUCUCAGGAUGCUUUACUGUUGGCAUGACACAGGACUGAUGGUUGCGCUCACCUUGUCUUCUCCGGACAAGCAUUUUUCCAGAUGCCCCAAACAAUCGGAAAGGGGAUUCAUCAGAGAAAAUGACGUUACCCCAGUCCUCAGCAGUCCAAUCCCUGUACCUUUGACACCAGGCCAUCCUCCAAAAGUAUUUGCCUCACUGUGCGUGCAGAUGCACUCACACCUGCCUGCUGCCAUUCCUGAGCAAGCUCUGCACUGGUGGUGCCCCGAUCCCGCAGCUGAAUCAACUUUAGGAGACGGUCCUGGCGCUUGCUGGACUUUCUUGGGCGCCCUGAAGCCUUCUUCACAACAAUUGAACCUCUCUCCUUGAAGUUCUUGAUGAUCCGAUAAAUGGUUGAUUUAGGCGCAAUCUUACUAGCAGCAAUAUCCUUGCCUGUGAAGCCCUUUUUGUGCAAAGUAAUGAUGACGGCACGUGUUUCCUUGCAGGUAACCAUGGUUAACAAAUGAAGAACAAUGAUUUCAAGCACCACCCUCUUUUUAAAACUUCCAGUCUGUUAUUCUAACUCAAUUAGCAUGACAGAAUGAUCUCCAGCCUUGUCCUCGUCAACACUCUCACCUGUGUUAACGAGAGAAUCACUGACAUGAUGUCAGCUGGUCCUUUUGUGGCAGGGCUGAAAUGCAGUGGACAUGUUUUUGGGGGAUUAAGUAAAUCUUCAUGGCAAAGAGGGACGUUGCAAUUAAUUGCAAUUCAUCUGAUCACUCUUCAUAACAUUCUGGAGUAUAUACAAAUUGCCAUCAUAAAAACUGAGGCAGCAGACUUUGUGAAAAUUAGUAUUUGUGUCAUUCUCAAAACAUUUGACCACGACUGUACAAGUGGAUGCCAGUUCUUUACAGAUUGUGGUUAAGUGGGAGGAGAUCUCAUUGUAUACAGGGCUCUAUUUGCUUCUAUAUUUACUUCCACAACUUUCUGCAUUUUAAUGCCUUUGACAGUGUAACUCUAAGAGCAUAAACUGUAUAUUUGAACUGUGGUAAAUGGACUGGAACAACAUACAGAACUGAAGAUGGGCACAUCUGUAACGUAACUACAUGUCAUCUGCUAAAGGUAAUUGAAUCUCUGAAAGUGAAACAGUGAAAAUGUUCAGUUGGACAAAGUGCACAGAAAGCCUCUGUGACUCAUAACAUCAUUUAAACCCUGUGUACGUUAAACUAAGUACUUUCCAUGGGUGUCUGUCUUAAAGAGACAGGUCCCAUCUGAGAUCUACAAUUUUGUCCAUGACAAGGACAUGUAUUAGGGUGGGGCCAUAGUAACAGUUGUGCAGGGUCCUGUCCCCAGGCUGUAGUGUCUCGUCGGUUUUGUUUCUACUUGGCUCUUAAUUAAAGUAAUUUAUUGCUUUGGGAGUCCACUCUCUGGCUUCCCAACAUUUGCUGAUCAAAAAAGCUGGACAGGAUUAAAAGCUUCUAGAGUUGGCUGGAUGCCCCCUCCAGAUAAACAUAACACAUUGCUGUGGCUCAAAGUAUGGCCGGCAGUAGCACUGUUUCAUGAAUCCGUCAAUUCAUUAAAUUAUUUAUCGGGUUUGAGAUUAUCCAAUGCAAGCAUUAUGUUUUCAUUGUUGUCCUCUUUCUGCCAGGUUACCACCAGCAGUGUCACAUGCCACAGGUGGAGAGCUCAAUGGAUUUGUCACCAUGGUUUUGCAGGAGAUGCAUCUUUGUUUUAGCUGUGCGGGUGAGUAUUAUUGAAAGAACAAGCUGCUCUUCAAUUGAGCAAGAAAAACUAAAAUAACUGUAAUAUAAUUUGUAUUAUGACUGUUUGUCUAGGGUAGUGUUCAACAGGGAGAAAACGUUUUGAAAUGGAGUGAAAUGGGGAGGCACUGCCUGAACACGUCCAAUAAGAACACUGAGUUUUGUUUUCUGUUACCAAAACGUUUUGCUACGAUGUGUCCUAUUGAACACUGUCCUAUAAUGCCUAACCAUGUUGACGUGGCUGUUUCUCCUCAUCACAGAAAGGGGGAGCUCUCAAAAAGGGGCCCAUAGCAAAAGCACUGCAGGCCAUGAAGCAGGUGCUUACCUACAACCCAGAAGAGCUGGAGUGGGAUUCUCAGCACCACACAAAUCACCAACAGUGUUAUUGCUACUGUGGAGGACCUGGGGAGUGAGUGUGCUGGCUAGACACUGUAGCAUAGCAUUUACAUAUCCACUCUAUUAGAAAGCAGCUCGAUUUGAUUCAGAUACAUGUUGCUCAUUCAGUAACUACUACUUUUCACUAAUGGCUGCUCUCCUUCCAGGUGGUACUUGAAGAUGCUGCAGUGUUUUCGGUGUGAACAGUGGUUCCAUGAGGCCUGUAUCCAGUGCCUACAGGAGUCCAUGAUGUUUGGAGAUAGGUGUGUGGAAUUGUUAUCAAACAGAAUAGGUUUUUAAUUCUGGGGGUUCCCACGGUCAGGGCAAAUCCUGGGAAGUCAGGGGAAAUAAUUCUAGUCUGGAAAGUGAUAGACAUGUCAUGGAAGCCGAGGGUAUAGCCAUAUGACCGAGGACCACUAUUGAUUUUUGAUUUCCCCUAGAGGCAUAUGACCUGUGCUUUCUCCUCUGAUCGCUCUUCCUUUCUCUUUCAGGUUUUACUUGUUCAUCUGUUCCGUGUGUAAUAAAGGAGUGGAGUACAUCAAGCGCCUGGCCCUCCGAUGGUAAAUGGAUACUAUACUCUUCCUAUCUACCUCUGAGGCUCACUCUGAGACUCCAGAUGGGAUACUUUAAUUUAGAAUACAAAAGGCAUUGGUGUCCUAUAGUACAGUAGGUAGAGGAUGUGUGGAAUGAUUGUGCUCUUGUGCUUAUGACAAUGUCCUAGUGUAAACAUACAGUCAGUCAUACAGUAUUGCAUUGUGUUACUGUUAAUACAUACCGGGGUGCUGUGAACAAUUUAGGCAGCACAAUAUCUGAUUAAGAGGACUACGUUUACACAUCUCGCUAAACCCAAUUCCCUAUCUGCUAACUCAUAUGGAUGUAUAAUUGAGAAUUGUAUUAUUUAUGAAUGCAACGGAAUCCAUCAUCAUCAUCCCUUAUUAUCUGAUAUCUGAUAUUAUACAUGUGAAUGAAUGCUGCUGGUGUGGAAAACCGGUUCCGCACUCAAUCACUCUAGAUACAUUACAAUCUGUUCUCAUCUUUAGAUUUUGUUGAACGUACAUACCUUUUCUCCCUCUCAUUUCAUCUCUGUGCGUUGAGCUUAGCUCAUCAAUUCUCCCUGGUUUCUUAUCCAGGGUGGAUGUGGUGCACUUGGCACUUUACAACCUGGGAGUCCAGAGUAAGAAGAAGUACUUUGAGCUGGAGGAGAUCCUCAACUUUGUCAGCAACAACUGGGAGCAUUUCCAGUUGGGCAAGGUUAGAAACGGCAAAUGAAAUCCUGUCUGAAUUCUGAAUAGGAAUCCGGAUAGGAAGUUCAGAUUAAUGCAGUCUCGUGAAAACCAGAUCAUAUUUUUAAAGCUAUUUGCAUCGGACUGACAUUAUGAUAUUCCCCACAGCUCUCGAAUACUCCUCCAACAGAAAGAGGCCAAUAUCUCCUUGAUGCUCUGAACAACUACAAGAGCAAGUAAGACAUCUCUCUCUGUUAUAUAUACAGUAGAUAAAGUGUAAAACUGUAAAUGCUAGGUUUAACAAAACUAGGUACUACAACAACUGCAUACAUGUACUGCAACAAUAUUAUACUGUAUCAGCCAAUCUAUUUUUCAUGUGCUAUUAACAAUAGUAUAGUAUGGCCCCCAACAUUCAGUAAGUUGUUAAAUGUUUGUUCUGGUCAUACAGUAUUUGUUACAACAAACAUGUUACUUGGCCGAAGGUGUAUUUGUUGACAUCACACCCCCUUCACCAGACCAUGACCUUCUCACCUCCUCCGUAUUUCUCCAGGUUUCUCUGUGGGAAGGAGAUCAAGAAGAGGAAAUGCAUCUUCCGCCUGAGGACCCGCGUUCCCCCCAACCCUCCCUCUAAACUCUUCCCCGAGAGGGCCCAGAAUGAGGGAUGUCGAGGACGAAAAAAAGGCGCAGGCAGGAACAGGUAUUUCACGCCGUAGUGAUGUGCUGAUAUUUUGGUUUUCCGGGAAAAAUCUGGAUAUACUGUAUUUCAAUGAGGUUUCUGCUAACUUGCUACAAGACCUCUCUUGGCUCAGUCAGAAAGUGUUGAUCAAUGUUAAAUGAUAAUGUAAAUGUUAUGUUUCCUAGGACCUCCCACCAUUAAUUUACCCCUAACAGAGAACAAAUAUUUAAAGAUGAAAGUUCUAAUUUAGUGGUAAUGGCUGUGUAAUAGUUCUACUUGAAGAAUCACUGAAUGAUAUUAGGCUGUGUCAAAUUGUCACCUAGGAAUCACUGAAUGAUAUUAAGCUGUGUCAAAUUGUCACCCAGGAAUCACUGAAUGAUAUUAGGCUGUGUCGGAUUGUCACCCAGGAAUCACUGAAUGAUAUUAGGCUGUGUCAGAUUGUCACCCAGGAAUCACUGAAUGAUAUUAGGCUGUGUCAAAUUGUCACCUAGUAAUCACUGAAUAAUAUUAGGCUGUGUCAAACUGUCCCCUAGUAAUCACCGAAUGAUAUUAGGAUGUGUCAAACUGUCACCCAGGAAUCACUGAAUGAUAUUAGGCUGUGUCAAAUUGUCACCUAGGAAUCACUGAAUGAUAUUAGGCUGUGUCAAAUUGUCACCCAGGAAUCACUGAAUGAUAUUAGGCUGUGUCAAAUUGUCACCCAGGAAUCACUGAAUGAUAUUAGGCUGUGUCAAACUGUCACCCAGGAAUCACUGAAUGAUAUUAGGCUGUGUCAAAUUGUCACCCAGGAAUCACUGAAUGAUAUUAGGCUGUGUCAAAUUGUCACCCAGGAAUCACUGAAUGAUAUUAGGCUGUGUCAAAUUGUCACCCAGGAAUCACUGAAUGAUAUUAGGCUGUGUCAAACUGUCACCCAGGAAUCACUGAAUGAUAUUAGGCUGUGUCAAACUGUCACCCAGGAAUCACUGAAUGAUAUUAGGCUGUGUCAAACUGUCACCCAGGAAUCACUGAAUGAUAUUAGGCUGUGUCAAAUUGUCACCCAGGAAUCACUGAAUGAUAUUAGGCUGUGUCAAACUGUCACCCAGGAAUCACUGAAUGAUAUUAGGCUGUGUCAAACUGUCACCCAGGAAUCACUGAAUGAUAUUAGGCUGUGUCAAACUGUCACCCAGGAAUCACUGAAUGAUAUUAGGCUGUGUCAAACUGUCACCCAGGAAUCACUGAAUGAUAUUAGGCUGUGUCAAACUGUCACCCAGGAAUCACUGAAUGAUAUUAGGCUGUGUCAAACUGUCACCCAGGAAUCACUGAAUGAUAUUAGGCUGUGUCAAAUUGUCACCUAGGACUCAUAUUGUGUGAUUAGAAAGUGAAAGUUGUCUCUUCUCAGCUCUCUCCCUGCAGAGAAGAGGAGGAAGAAAAGAUCAAAAUGGCUACUGGAGGACGCCAUCCCCAAUGUGAGUUCUCUGACUGUCACAAGAUCCUCCCUCAAAACAUCGAACUCUAGUCGUGCCAACCAGCUUUCUGCUGUUUCACCCAGCCUGAACGUUGAACAAAUCCCUGCUGCAGUUGUUCUCUCCUACCUCUGAUGAUUAUCAACGUUGCUGGAAUUCCUCCCUCCUCCUCCUCCUCCUCCUCCUCCUCCUCCUCCUCCUCCUCCUCCUCCUCCUCCUUCUUCUCCUCCUCUUCCUCCUCUUCCUCUUCCUUCUCAGCCUUCUUUUUCUCAUCUUCCUCCUCCUUUUCCUCCUCCUCUUCCUCCUCUUCCUCAUCUUCCUCCUCCUUCUCCUCCUCCUCUUCCUCAUCUUCCUCAUCAUCUUCCUCCUCUUUCUCAUCCUCCUUAUCUUCAUCCUCCUUCUUUUCCUCCUCCUUCUCUUCCUCCUCAUCUUCCUCCUCCUUCUCAUCUUCCUCCUCCUUCUCAUCCUCCUCCUCUUUCUCUUCCUCCUCUUCCUCAUCUUUCUCCUCCUUAUCCUCCUCCUCUUCCUCCUCUUCCUCAUCUUCCUCCUCUUCCUCCUCCUUCUUAUCCUCCUCUUCCUCCUCCUCAUCUUCCUCCUCCUUCUCAUCCUCCUCCUCCUCUUCCUCCUCCUCAUCUUCCUCCCCUUCCUCCUCCUCCUCCUCCAUUUGUCUGUGCUCUUCUUGUUUCCCUCCAUGUCAGACCACUGUCCCUGUUUUAAAAGUCUAUCUCCUGUCCGCCAUGUACCAUGAAGUCCUUGUGUGUCAUUGCUCCCAUCCCUCUCUCUCCACGGUUCUACUCAAAGGGGAUUACUUACAGUUGGCCUUUGAGGCAUUUUACUGACAAAUCCCUCAGAGCAGUGCUGUGUCUGUCUGGUCCCCAGGCACAUUCUGCUCUAACAACAAACCUCUGACAUUUCCUAGUAAUAAAGCUAAUACUGCCAGGCUGGAAGGAGGAAGGUGCACAGAUGAAAAUAUAGACAGAGCAUAUAAUGGCAUAUAGCAUAUAGACAGUGUAUAGACAGCAUAUAUACAGCAUAUAAACAGUGUAUAGACAGUAUAUAGACAGCAUAUAGACAGUGUAUAGACAGCAUAUAGACAGUGUAUAGACAGCAUAUAGACAGUGUAUAGACAGCAUAUAGCAUAUAGACAGUGUAUAGACAGCAUAUAGCAUAUAGACAGUGUAUAGACAGCAUAUAGACAGUGUAUAGACAGCGUAUAGACAGCAUAUAGACAGUGUAUAGACAGCAUAUAGACAGCAUAUAGACAGUGUAUAGACAGCGUAUAGACAGCGUAUAGACAGUGUAUAGACAGCAUAUAGACAGCGUAUAGACAGCGUAUAGACAGCAUAUAGACAGUGUAUAGACAGCAUAUAGACAGUGUAUAGACAGCAUAUAGACAGUGUAUAGGCAGCAUAUAGACAGUGUAUAGACAGCGUAUAGACAGCAUAUAGAAAGCGUAUAGACAGCAUAUAGACAGCAUAUAGCAUAUAGACAGCAUAUAUACAGUGUAUAGACAGCAUAUAGACAGUGUAUAGACAGCAUAUAGACAGUGUAUAGACAGCAUAUAGCAUAUAGACAGUGUAUAGACAGCAUAUAGACAGCAUAUAGACAGUGUAUAGACAGCAUAUAGAUAGUGUAUAGACAGCAUAUAGCAUAUAGACAGUGUAUAGACAGCAUAUAGACAGUGUAUAGACAGCAUAUAGACAGCAUAUAGGCAGUGUAUAGACAGCAUAUAGACAGUGUAUAUACAGCAUAUAGACAGCAUAUAGACAGCAUAUAGACAGCGUAUAGACAGCGUAUAGACAGCGUAUAGACAGCAUAUAGACAGCGUAUAGACAGCAUAUAGAAAGCGUAUAGACAGCAUAUAGAGAACGUAUAGACAGCAUAUAGACAGCAUAUAGACAGCAUAUGACAGUGUAUAGCAUAUAGACAGCAUAUAGACAGUGUAUAGACAGCAUAUAGACAGCGUAUAGACAGUGUAUAGACAACAUAUAGACAGUGUAUAGACAGCGUAUAGACAGCAUAUAGACAGUGUAUAGACAGCAUAUAGACAGUGUAUAGACAGCAUAUAGACAGUGUAUAGACAGCAUAUAGCAUAUAGACAGUGUAUAGACAGCAUAUAGACAGUGUAUAGACAGUGUAUAGACAGCAUAUAGACAGUGUAUAGACAGCAUAUAGACAGUGUAUAGACAGCGUAUAGACAGUGUAUAGACAGCAUAUAGACAGUGUAUAGACAGCAUGUAGACAGUGUAUAGACAGCAUAUAGACAGUGUAUAGACAGCAUAUAGGCAGUGUAUAGACAGUGUAUAGACAGCAUAUAGACAGUGUAUAGACAGCAUAUAGACAGCGUAUAGACAGCAUAUAGACAGUGUAUAGACAGUGUAUAGACAGCGUAUAGACAGCAUAAAGACAGUGUAUAGACAGCAUAUAGAAAGCGUAUAGACAGCAUAUAGACAGCGUAUCACAGCAGCUAAACAGCAUAUAGACAGUUAGACGAUAUAGACAGUUAUAGACAGCAUAGACAGUGUAUAGACAGCAUAGCAGUAUAGACAGCAUAAGACAUAUGAUAUGACAGCUAUAGACAGUGUAUAGACAGCAUAUAACAGUGUAUAGACAGCAUAUAGACAGUGUAUAGACAGCAUAAGACAUGAUAGACAGCAUAUAGACAGUGUAUAGACAGCAUAUAGCAGUGUAUAGACAGCAUAUAGACAGUGUAUAGACAGCAUAGACAGUGUAUAGCAGCUAGACAUUAUAGACGCAUAUAGACAGUGUAUAGACAGCAUAUAGAUUAGACAGUGUAUAGACAUAUAGACAUGUAUAGACAGCAUAUAGACAGCGUAUAGACAGCUAUAGACAGCAUAUAGACAGCAUAAAGACAGUGUAUAGACAGCGUAUAGACAGCGUAUAGACAGCAUAUAGAAAGCGUAUAGACAGCAUAUAGACAGCGUAUAGACAGCAUAUAGCAUAUAGACAGCAUAUAGACAGUGUAUAGACAGCAUAUAGACAGUGUAUAGACAGCAUAUAGACAGUGUAUAGACAGCAUAUAGACAGUGUAUAGACAGCAUAUAGACAGUGUAUAGACAGCAUAUAGACAGUGUAUGGACAGCAUAUAGACAGCGUAUAGACAGUGUAUAGACAGCAUAUAGCGUAUAGACAGCAUAUAGACAGUGUAUAGACAGUGUAUAGACAGCAUAUAGACAGCAUAUAGACAGCGUAUAGACAGCAUAUAGACAGUGUAUAGACAGCAUAUUUACAUUUUAGUCAUUUAGCAGACGCUCUUAUCCAGAGCGAUUUACAGGAGCAAUUAGGGUUAAGUGCCUUGCUCAAGGGCACAUUUACGUCAUUUAGCAGACGCUCUUAUCCAGAGCGACUUACAAAUUGGUGCAUUCACCCUAUAGCCAGUGGGAUAACCACUUUACAAUUUUUUUUUAUUUUUUAAUUAUUUGUAAUUAUUAUUAUUUUUUAGGGGGGGGGGGGGGGGGUAGAAGGAUUACUUUAUCCUAUCCCAGGUAUUCCUUAAAGAGGUGGGGUUUCAAAUGUCUCUGGAAGGUGGUGAGUGACUCCGCUGUCCUGGCGUGGUGAGGGAGCUUGUUCCACCAUUGGGGUGCCAGAGCAGCGAACAGUUUUGACUGGGCUGAGCGGGAACUAUGCUUCCGCAGAGGAAGGGGAGCCAGCAGGCCAGAGGUGGAUGAACGCAAUGCCCUCGUUUGGGUGUAGGGACUGAUCAGAGCCUGAAGGUACGGAGGUGCCGUUCCCCUCACUGCUCCAUAGGCAAGCACCAUGGUCUUGUAACGGAUGCGAGCUUCAACUGGAAGCCAGUGGAGUGUGCGGAGGAGGGGGGGUGACGUGAGAGAACUUGGGAAGGUUGAACACCAGACGGGCUGCGGCAUUCUGGAUGAGUUGUAGGGGUUUAAUGGCACAGGCAGGGAGCCCAGCCAACAGCGAGUUGCAGUAAUCCAGACGGGAGAUGACAAGUGCCUGGAUUAGGACCUGUGCCGCUUCCUGUGUAAGGCAGGGUCGUACUCUCCGAAUGUUGUAGAGCAUGAACCUGCAGGAUCGGGUCACCGCCUUGAUGUUAGCGGAGAACGACAGGGUGUUGUCCAGGGUCACGCCAAGGCUCUUCGCACUCUGGGAGGAGGACACAACGGAGUUGUCAACCGUGAUGGCGAGAUCAUGGAACGGGCAGUCCUUCCCCGGGAGGAAGAGCAGCUCCGUCUUGCCAGGGUUCAGCUUGAGGUGGUGAUCCGUCAUCCAUACUGAUAUGUCUGCCAGACAUGCAGAGAUGCGAUUCGCCACCUGGUUAUCAGAAGGGGGAAAGGAGAAGAUUAGUUGUGUAUCGUCAGCGUAGCAAUGAUAGGAGAGGCCAUGUGAGGAUAUGACAGAGCCAAGUGACUUGGUGUAUAGGGAGAAAAGGAGAGGGCCUAGAACUGAGCCCUGGGGGACACCAGUGGUGAGAGCACGUGGUGCGGAGACAGCUUCUCGCCACGCCACUUGGUAGGAGCGACCGGUCAGGUAGGACGCAAUCCAGGAGUGAGCCGCGCCGGAGAUGCCCAGCUCGGAGAGGGUGGAGAGGAGGAUCUGAUGGUUCACAGUAUCAAAGGCAGCAGACAGGUCUAGAAGGACAAGAGCAGAGGAGAGAGAGUUAGCUUUAGCAGUGCGGAGAGCCUCCGUGACACAGAGAAGAGCAGUCUCAGUUGAAUGACCAGUCCUGAAACCUGACUGGUUUGGAUCAAGAAGGUCAUUCUGAGAGAGAUAGCAAGAGAGUUGGCUAAAGACGGCACGCUCAAUAGUUUUGGAAAGAAAAGAAAGAAGGGAUACUGGUCUGUAGUUGUUGACAUCAGUGGGAUCGAGUGUUGGUUUUUUGAGAAGGGGUGCAACUCUCGCUCUCUUGAAGACGGAAGGGACAUAGCCAGCGGUCAAGGAUGAGUUGAUCAGCGAGGUGAGGUAGGGGAGAAGGUCACCGGAGAUGGUCUGGAGAAGAGAGGAGGGGAUGGGGUCAAGCGGGCAGGUUGUUGGGCGGCCUGCAGUCACUAGUCGCAAGAUUUUAUCUGGAGAGAGAGGGGAGAAAGAAGUCAAAGCAUAGGGUAGGGCAGUGUGAGCAGGGCCAGCAGUGUCAUUAGACUAUAGCAUAUAGACAGUGUAUAGACAGCAUAUAGACAGUGUAUAGACAGCAUAUAAACAGUGUAUAGACAGCAUAUAGACAAUAUAUAGACAGUGUAUAGACAGUGUAUAGACAGCGUAUAGACAGCGUAUAGACAGCAUAUAGACAGUGUAUAAACAGCAUAUAGACAGCGUAUAGACAGCAUAUAGCAUAUAGACAGCAUAUAGACAGUGUAUAGACAGUGUAUAGACAGCACAUAGACAGCGUAUAGACAGCAUAUAGACAGUGUAUAGACAGCAUAUAGACAGCAUUUAGCAUAUAGACAGUGUAUAGACAGCAUAUAUACAGUGUAUAGACAGCAUAUAGAUAGUGUAUAGACAGCAUAUAGACAGCAUAUAGACAGUGUAUAGACAGCAUAUAGACAUUGUAUAGACAGCAUAUAGCAUAUAGACAGUGUAUAGACAGCAUAUAGACAGUAUAUAGACAGCAUAUAGACAGUGUAUAGACAUUGUAUAGACAGCAUAUAGCAUAUAGACAGUAUAUAGACAGUGUAUAGACAGCAUAUAGACAGUGUAUAGACAGCAUAUAGACAGAGUAUAGACAGUGUAUAGACAGCAUAUAGACAGUGUAUAGACAGCAUAUAGACAGCAUAUAGACAGCAUAUAGACAGUGUAUAGACAGCGUAUAGACAGCAUAUAGACAGCAUAUAGACAGCAAAUAGACAGUGUAUAGACAGCGUAUAGACAGCAUAUAGACAGCGUAUAGACAGCGUAUAGACAGCGUAUAGACAGCAUAUAGACAGUGUAUAGACAGCAUAUAGACAGCAAAUAGAGUGUAUAGACAGCAUAUAUACAGUGUAUAGACAGCAUAUAGACAGUGUAUAGACAGCGUAUAGACAGCAUAUAGACAGUGUAUAGACAGUACUGAUGAGGACAAGGAUAAUGAUGAUGUGAGCAAUGUUUAUGACAAUGGUUGAUACCAACAGUGUGUGUGUUGUGUGUGGUGUGUGUUGUGUGAUGAUUUGUUGUGUAGAAUGACCUGACCUCCACUUGGAGCACCAACCAUCACAUGGCCAACAUCUUUGACUUCACCAUGGACGAGUUACAAAGCCUCAAAAGGUAAAUGGUGUGGAUGUUAAGGGCCAGUUUCCCGGACACAGAUUAAGCCUAGUCCUGGAUUAAGAAGCAUGUUCAAUGGAGUUUCUCUUCAUUAAUCUGUGUCUGGGAAACCAGCUCUAAGAGUGUAAGUUGGAAGACUUUUGUCUGGAAAUUGACCUACAGUACACGAUGAUGCUGAUUUCCAAUGAAGCUGCAAACAUUUGAAAUUGACUUCAUUGCCUUCGAUUGAGUGCAAUUAUUUUCUGGGCCCUAACAAUCUACCCCCAUUUACAUGUAUUUCCCUUUGAAAGACACCAUUCUUUUCUUUCCGUCUUUGUUUGGUCACCACUCUGAUGAUUUUCAUCAAAGUGCCGAACGAAGUGAUUUAAUUACAUUUUCCUGUAAAGGUUAUCAUCUCUCCAACAGCGCUGAAUAAUAAAUGAAAGAAAGGCAAACACUUUGGGGAAUGUUGACAAUCAACAGAGCUUUCUUAGAGGAGAAUCAAUAGAUGGGGACUAGCUGGUGCAACUCCAAAAAAGGGACUAACCCUGUUGGAACGUGAGAAGUGGAAUAGGCUCAUAGCUCUGUAGAGCCUGAACUGAGCUGGAGGAUGAGAACAGCUAAUGAUGAUUCUGUGAGAGUAGACUUUGAAGCAGUACAUUAACGUCCUUCCGUUAGCUAGAUGUAGUACUUUCACUCACUCACACACACACAGACACACCUUUAGCAUGCAGGCUCUUGUAUUAUGGGCUCAGAACAGUGACUUGGAAUUUGCAGUCACAGGGUGAGGGUGAGGAGCCAUAGUAAUAGAAGUCGAUUUUCCUUAGUGAGGUUUGGAAUAAAAAGAACAAAAAUAAGACCAUCAAUGUUAGAGCUAUUCUGUCCUGUCCGGGGCCCCAUCAUUCUCUGAUUAGCACCUCUGAAUGCAAGCACCAUAAUUCCAGCGUUUGAAUGGAUCUUGUUGUUGUUGUUGUUUACUCCUCAGCACCAGCUCAGGACGGACCUUCAGUCUGGACCUGGACUCCACAGAUGCGGCUAGUACCACAGGAUCUGCCACCACCAGUGUCUCAUAUGACCUCAGGUACAGUACUAUAGUCACUAUGACCUCAGGUACAGUACUAUAGUCACUAUGACCUCAGGUACAGUACUAUAGUCACUAUGACCUCAGGUACAGUACUACAGUCACUAUGACCUCAGGUACAGUACUACAGUCACUAUGACCUCAGGUACAGUACUACAGUCACUAUGACCUCAGGUACAGUACUACAGUCACUAUGACCUCAGGUACAGUACUACAGUCACUAUGACCUCAGGUACAGUACUACAGUCACUAUGACCUCAGGUACAGUACUACAGUCACUAUGACCUCAGGUACAGUACUACAGUCACUAUGACCUCAGGUACAGUACUACAGUCACUAUGACCUCAGGUACAGUACUACAGUCACUAUGACCUCAGGUACAGUACUAUAGUCACUAUGACCUCAGGUACAGUACUAUAGUCACUAUGACCUCAGGUACAGUACUACAGUCACUAUGACCUCAGGUACAGUACUAUAGUCACUAUGACCUCAGGUACAGUACUACAGUCACUAUGACCUCAGGUACAGUACUACAGUCACUAUGACCUCAGGUACAGUACUACAGUCACUAUGACCUCAGGUACAGUACUACAGUCACUAUGACCUCAGGUACAGUACUAUAGUCACUAUGACCUCAGGUACAGUACUAUAGUCACUAUGACCUCAGGUACAGUACUAUAGUCACUAUGACCUCAGGUACAGUACUAUAGUCACUAUGACCUCAGGUACAAUACUAUAGUCACCAAGACUUUUGUUGUUAGAAAAGGUAACUCUCACACACGUUACCUGUGCACCAUAAUGAAUAGAAUUGUUGAGCCGUAAGUACCACAUAUGAGAGUAUGGUGGUGUGCAUGUUAAUAUUAGUCCUUAAAGAUUUCUUAUCACUUUGCCCAAAGUGCAAGAGACUAUAGGUAGCUACUGAGAUGAGUGCAACACCAUUCAAGAGCCUGCUUGACUGUAGUCCAGGGCCCUUAUCCACAAAGUGUCUCAGAAUAGGAGUGCUGAUCUAGGAUCAGGUCCCCCCUGUCUACUGUAUGUAAUCUUAUUCAUUAUGAUCUAAAAGGCCAAACUGAUUCUGGUGAAUACGGACCCAGGUGUUGGAGUCAAAGCGGACUUCCAGGUGAACCAGCAGGUUGCAGGAUGGUGACACUACUUAGCACAGGGCUUGUUAGGGAGGACAAGUGAUGAUCAGUCUCCCUCCCUUUUCUCCCCAGCUGUCUCUCACUCAUUUCUUCCUUUAGUUUACUUGGCUCCACCGUGUGUAGUGUGGUGCAAACCGAUCGAUACGACCCCCGACUCUAAACGCUGCAGCCCAGGCUGUCAGAUGAGCUUUUCUCUCUGCCUUUCCAAGCUCUUGAACAUGUUCCUAUGUGAGAAGUUGAGGAGAGACAACCGUGUUUAACAUCACACAAGAAGAAGUAUGAUGUGAGGUCUUGGACAAUUUAAUGCAGUUGGCUCCUGUACAUCUUCCAUUAUUUGCUUAAAGUCAUCUUGGUUGGAACUAAGCAAUGGAGUGACUAAACACUCACUAUAUCCACAUUCACAAACCCACCAUUGUUUGAACAUUGUGAACCCCCCCACCCCCCUUUCUGGGAACACCCCUGGGCUCUCUAACUGACUGGCUUUAUUCUGCGACAUUCUCAGUUCUGGCUCCUCCUCUCACAAGAAGGGGGGCUCUGAAGUUUGACAUUCAGAGUGUGUUGACAUUUGAUGGUAGGUAUUUUUUCAAACUUUAUUUUCCCUCUUUGCCGUUACUGUGUUUAGUUGCAUGGCAGAAACUCCUACUGAUGGGGGUGACCGUGGUGCUUCUGACAUCUCCUGUGGCUUUGAGAGAGGGGACUGAUUGUUAUGAUAAUGUUUAGACUGAUGUAACUGCUCUGCCGUCUCCACGCUAGUGCUCUGCGUUCACACACACUCACACAGACACACACACACACACACACACACACACACGCACUGUCCUAGGAGAUGAGAGCAGUGCCCAGAGGUGCGUGUGUGUGGCUAGAGACGGGCCACAUCAUUUCAUGUCACUAUCCCCUAUUCCCCCGCUACCUCCGAUAUUUCAUCCCUCUGCUUUAGUUUCUGUUUAUUUUUAAAUGUGGCUUCUGCUCAUUAAAAUCCUUGUGCGAUACUCUAGAGAGGCCAUGUGGGGGAAAUAAGAGGCGCGUGGUGUGUUUGUGGAGACAGAGUGAUUCCGUGGGGCGACAGAGAGCUUGUGCCCCCGCUGUGCCCUCCUCUCUCACUGUGGUUCAGAUCAAAGAUGCCAGUUUAGUAUCUCCCUCUCUCACUGGCUCCCGUUGGCCAGGAUGUGUCAAUGGAAUAAGAUGUUGAGUUAACUCCGAGAUGACAGUCACCUUGGUAUCGGAAAAGAGGACGUCAUCUGAUUUGGGAAUCCACCUCUCUAAGCCUAGUGUCAUUUAAUAGCCUAGAAAAGUUUCCAUCUAUUUGCAGUCUUCUUCAGACUGUUUUUAAGGGGGAAGUAUAAAAGCAGCACCCACGUCAUAGGGCAUGAAAACCACAGAGAGUGAAAGCUUAUAUACCGGACCACAGCUACCCCUGGUGGCUGAUCCAAGUCAUGUUUGUAAUCGGAGUGGGUGUCCAAUGUCCAGUUGACUUUUUUGUUGUUGUUGACUCCACAAAGGUAUGUCUGGUGGCACAGCAAAGCACAACAAAGUAGUCAAUUCAGGAAACUGUUGUUGCUUUUGUUUCAAUAGGUUGCUGAUAUUAGGGUCAAACAGACUGAAAGAGGAUGGACUUGUCCAAUAAGAAAUGCUCAUGUUGCUGCAUGCCCUAAUGAAUAUUUUUCUAACCCGUUGCAGGAAGAAUGUUGGCAGCCGUAAGAGGAAGCUGCCCACCUCUAACUACACGGUGCUGGCCACUAAGAAGGAGGUGGUGGAGAGUGAGCUGAGCCCCAUGGAGCAGAGCCUGCCGGGAGAGGAGGCCGCCUCCGCGAUGCUGGACAACGCCAUCGACAGCCACACCUUCGACAGCAUCAGCGAGGACGACUCGUCCCUCUCUCACCUCAAGUCCUCCAUCACCAACUACUUUGGAGCGGCGGGGCGGCUCACCUGUGGAGAAAAGUACCAGGUGCUGGCCCGCCGGGUCACUCCGGAGGGGAAGGUGCAGUAUCUGGUAGAGUGGGAGGGCACCACGCCCUACUGA